GACCAGAGAGUCUUUAUCAGUCACACUGAACACAGUGAGGAGGAGCAGAGCACGCGGUCUGAGUCCUCGUGCCAGGCUCGGUUUUAUUUCCCGCGUUACAAAUAUUAAACCUGGAUAUAUAUCACAGACACAGACAGGGGGCUUUUUCUCUGCUGUCAUCGGGGCCCAUCUUCAGCUGUUCUCGAACUUCUUCAGGCCCCGUUAAACAUGUCAUCUUCAUAUGCUGCUGCUAUAUCAGCCCUUCUUUCAGCCAGCUCUUCCAAUCCACCCGUCAAACCCAGCCCUCACCCCUCCCCAAAAACAGGAGGGAGUCCUAAACCUGCCCACCACCCUCCAGCUGUACACAAACAUCCUCAUUCACCUGAGCCUCUGGGGUCUUAUGACGAGGAACAGGAGAAUCCUGCAGACUACUGCAUUGGCGGUUACUACUCUGUAGAGAUUGGAGAGAUUUUCGUUGACCGUUACCAAGUGGUUAAAAAGUUGGGAUGGGGUCACUUCUCUACUGUAUGGCUCUGCUGGGAUAUGAUGAAGGGGCGUUUUGUGGCUCUGAAGGUGGUGAAGAGUGCCCAAACAUUCACAGAGACGGCAAUGGAUGAGAUCCAACUUCUGAAAUGUGUAAGGGACAGUGACCCCAAAGAUCCAAAACGUGAGACAAUCGUGCACCUUAUUGAUGACUUCAGGAUUACUGGAGCAAAUGGAGAGCAUGUGUGCAUGGUUCUGGAGGUGCUGGGCCACCAGUUGCUGAGGUGGAUCGUCAAAUCCAACUACACUGGCCUCCCCCUGCCCUGCGUUAAGAGCAUCCUCAGACAGGUCUUGCAGGGUUUAGAUUACUUGCACACCAAAUGCAAGAUUAUCCACACAGACAUCAAGCCAGAAAACAUCCUCCUGAGAGUGGAUGAGGUUUACAUUCAGAACCUGGCGGCCAACACCAAGCUGUGGCAGCUGCCAGUGUCCUCUGCAUUCACCGGCUCCACAGUGAACAGAAGCUCCAGAGAAAAACAGAGUUUGUCCAACGUGUUGGGGAAGCUGACUGGGGUUUUCCACACUCUUGGGGAGUGGUCCAGCAAGGUCUCCAGGAGCCCCAUAAAACGACUGACAAGAAAAGACAGGAGUCGACGAGGACAGGAGAGCACAUCUGACCACAAUCAAAAAGACAAGCUUCAUGUGUCGUUCUCUGAUGUCCCCGCUCCAUCUGGCACCCGUAGCUCCACCUGUCACUCUAAGCUCACGGGUCCUAACCUCAAAUUAAGGAGGCAGACGCUGCUGCUGGAAGACGGACUGGAUUUGAAACCAAACAGCCACAGAGACUCUAUUUGCUCGUGGCCAGACCUCAACACAGAUGCUCCUGUCUCUGGCUCCAGAUCAGUGUUAUUACAUCAGACUGCAGACAAAGAGCUGCCUCCUCCAUCACCAUCCUCUCCCCGUGGUAUCAGUGAUUCGGAUGUACUCUUGGACCUACUGAAGCCCCAGAAUGCUGAUAAAAUCCUCAUCAAGAUUGCUGACCUGGGCAAUGCCUGCUGGGUGCACAAACACUUCACCGAAGACAUCCAGACGUGUCAGUACCGCUCGGUGGAGGUUCUGAUCGGUGCCGACUACGACACACCGGCUGACAUCUGGAGCACCGCCUGCAUGGCGUUUGAGCUGGCCACAGGGGAUUAUCUGUUCGACCCCCAGUCAGGAGCCACGUUCUCCCGCGAGGAAGAUCACAUUGCCCACAUCAUUGAGCUGCUGGGAUCCCUUCCAUCCCAGUUCAUGCUGUCGGGGAGAAAUUCCAAACGAUACUUCAACCGUAAAGGACAACUGCGACACAUUUCAAAGCUGAAGCCGUGGAGCUUGUUUGAGAUCCUGCUGGAUAAGUACGAGUGGCCGCGGGAGGAAGCCUCCCAGUUCAGCUCGUUCCUCCUGACCAUGUUGGCGCUGCUGCCAGGGGAAAGAGCCACAGCUGCCCAGUGUCUGAAACACCCCUGGAUCACCUCCUAGACGUGCCAGUUCUGUCUUGUUCAGAGCCCAGUGGACCAGCUCUCUGUUCAGGAGCAGGCUUGUACGUGGCAUGGGACUCGGACAGCUGUGGGAUAUACAGCAGUAGUCUGGUGCUGGCAUCAUGAGCACAGCUUUCAUAUUUAUUAUCCUGAAUACAAGCCUUUUUCCCAGUUGGAUUGCUUGGUCUUUUAGUAUUUUAAUGGCAGUCACAUCUAAUUCAGGCAUAGCAAUGACCAAAAAGAAACUUUGUCUUACUGGAAAACUGCCUUGUUACAUGAUCACAAAGUUCUUGAAUUUCAAUAAACUGACACAAGACUGACUUUGUUCUCUAGUAAGAAAUGCCUAAGCAGUGAAAAGGUAAUGGUAAACCAGUCUAAGGUAUGAUUUAUUCUGACAGCACUCCGUCUCAGAAAUGUCAAAUGUCUUGAAGGAAUACCCGGGUGACUCACCACAGAAAAAAAGCAGCUUAUAUGUUCCAGUAUUAAAAACAACAAACUGCAGUCUGUGAUAGUGACCUCAUUGUAGGUGCUUUUGGAGAAAACGGUGAAAAUGUAAUCAAAAUGUAAAUGAGAUACUUAGAAUAAAAAAUCUGUUUAAACGUCCAGAUAUAAUGAAUAGUAGUGGUUGCAACAGCUCUCAAAGUGAACAAGAAUAAAUCAUUAAAGGAGCUGCAGCAGCCAAA